CCGUGGCUGCCCCUGCCGACACUUUUGAGCGUCUCACCUCAGCUUUUUACUACUUGUCUGUUGCAACUUUAGUUUUAUGAUUGUGAUCAACGAUUACCACCUUACCACUGCUACAGUUUUACAUCGACAGCUUACACUGUUCAUAAUUUUCAGUGUGUCACUCAUAUUUAACAAAGCUGUAUACACGUGUAGGCUGGUGAUUAUAUCGAGGCUUGAUGAAUAAUUUUGAGAGAAGAAGGAAUAAUCCUUUCGUGGCUGAAAUGUUUGUGUGCACUAGAGGAAGAGAGAUUAAUAAGGAACUAUUUAUAUAAUGUGACAACCGCUUAAGGAUAUUAAACAAGUGUAAUACAGGAUUGUUAAUUUAUAAACUUUAAUUUCUUUAACAGUGUGGUUUAACAGGCAGGAUAUGGUGUUUGGUGGUCAGAAACAUGUAUACAUAUCAUGUUUAACUAAUUACUAGAAGUAAUUAAGACUCUUUAUAUUGGUGAAAAGUUUAUAACUGGUACUCCUCGGAUAUUGUUGAUGUAACUCUGUGAGACUGGAAUUAAAUGUGCUGUGUAAAUGAAUUAAAACUCUUUAUGUUCCUGAAAAGUUUACAACUCAUACUCGGAUAUUGUUGAUGUUACUCUGUGAAACUGGAAUUAAAUGUGCAGUGGAAAUAAUUUAAAGUGAGAGAGUGUUCAAAAUCAUUUUUGGAUUUCUGAAUAAGUUUCUUCCCUUUAUACAAAAAAGGACAAUGAGUUGAAGACCGCAUGACCCUCUAAUCAUGGGCAACAAGCAUUCUAGCUCCAAGGAUGCCCAUUUCUCCUCUGAAUCACGCGGGCGCAGUCGUUCCUUCAACGGGCUUGCCUCCCGCUUCAGAAAGGCGAGUCGAAGCCCGCCAAGGGAGCGGAGCAGCUCGUUCGGCGAAUCGGCGGGAAAACCGCAUCGGAAAGGAAGUGGGAAAAUGGGUCAGAACGGUGUUUUCAAGGGUGGUCAGGGAAACAACGGUCACUUGAUCCGGAGAGGUCAUGAUAUUCCGAUAACGACCACUCUGACGAGGGAUAAUGGUGGUGUCGAUGUUCAGAUCGAGGUCAAGAAAGUUGGUGAUGUGGAAAGUCUCGGGAAACUGUCGCAGUCUGCUCCGAGUGGGCGUGGCUUUCAUUAUCGGCAUUCUCCCGCUAGGAAUGUGACGCCAAUAGCCGAGCAGGUGUCUGUUGGCACGAUGUCAGUGAAAGACCAGCGUCGCCUGAGUCAGGAUAGUUCUAAACUAAGUUGUCCUUCACCAAGUAAGUCGAUAAUUUUAGACGAAAAUGAUACCAUCAUCAAAAGUUCAAAUCUGAAGAAUUUGAAAAACAAGCAGCUAUCUCAGACUGAUAAGCAGGAAUUAAUUGAGAAUUAUUCAGAAAAUACAUCACAUAUCUCUGCAGACAAGAUGAGAACUGUUUCUAGGGAACUGUUUUCUGAUCAGUUGGAGGAUUUGGCCAAGAGACGAGGCAUGGCAACUUUGAAUCGUGAUCUCUCCUUAUCUAAUGCCAGUCUGGGUUUGCUUUCCAAUCGAUCCAAGUCAAUGCACAGCCUCAGUUCCAAUGAUUACGACUACGAGGAAAGGUGCAAGGUGGGUGAGUUGUUGUCAUUUGAAGACAGCCACCAGGUCGGGGAAUUGUGCAGGAGUAUAACUUCGCAGUUUUCCAGUGAAAAUCAGCAGGAAAAAGACCAGGACAUAUUUCUUAGACCGCGGACAAGUUCUGCUUCUGCAGUGGAUCUUGGAAGUUACAACCGCAAGCAGAUGGCGUUUGGAAAGACGAGCGCGGAGAUUAGGCGCAACCUGGCGUCACAGUACGCGAUAGAUCCGAAUAAGUCUGCUCAGAAAAGUAGUUCUGCUAAUAAUGUAGGGUCUGACGUGAUGCAGGCCCGAAGAAUGCUGGUUGCAAGGGCGCUUAAAGAUGGCGAAAAAGACGAUAAUGUUUCAGUUGGUAGUGUAGUCCCACCUCAACAGUCCCCGCAAAUCGCGAUGGCAAUGCAGGAAUCACUUGUGAAACAACAUUCCCUCCAAAGUUUAAAGGUAAACGAGAGUGUUUCAUUGUCCCCGAGCUCACCAGUCACCACUGGGUUGAAAGCGUCCCCAAAAAUGGGGCGCCGUAGUUCAGCAGGGAGACUUACCGGUGUUAUCACGUCGCCUGAAAAGUCUUACAGCCUGGCGAAGCAGGGUACACCAUCCCCGAGUGGAAAAAUGUUCAUCACACGCCGUACUUCUAGUCCGAUAUUCCCUCAAGGCUUGGUGUCCACUCCAGAGAAAACGGGAACCAAUCAAAGCAUUUCAAGAACAAGUUCAGGUUCUUUUUUGCAGAACAUUCAAAGCCCUGUUUCUAUUACGGAUAAAUCCAGCACGCAUCAAAGCAUGUCAAGAAUUAGUUCGGGUUCUUUGCUCCAAAACAUCGACGUUAAUCAGCUUCUGGCUGCAAAUAUGACCAAAUCCAUGCAGAAGUUUCUGCUGGAUGAUCGAGGCAUCGGAACAAACUCGACUGAUUACGAAAAACUUCAUAACAAGCUGAAUAAGAAUAAAAUAAAGAAAUCCACUUCGGCGUUGCCGACAGACGAGGGGUUUCGGGAAAGGAGCAGCAGCUUCUCAAUGCUGUUGUCGCGGCAACAACAACAACAGUUCGUCCAACAGAUGAUCUCACAGCAGCAGGCGGAAUUGAGCAAAAAGCAGGAAAAAGUGCAGGAUCAAGAAAUGGUGGUGUCCGAAACUCAAAUAACUCAAAUCGUUCAUUUGCAAACUAAGUCAUACGACAGCACGCCAGUGUCAACAGGCGGUGAUUCUGGAUUUCGUAGUAGAAGUCAGAGCUGGUCGUCGCUGUCACGGAAAAGCGUCUAUGAAUCGCAGCGGGAGAUAUGUGGUGUGUCGAACCCUGUGAGUAACUUGUGGAGUUAUAGCGAAGUGUCGCUUGCAGAGUUACCCGUGGAUUUGACCUCGCAACCUCAGCGGUAUAUAUCGGUCAUUGAAGACGACGGACCAUCCCCUGAAAAUUUGAAUUUCUCUCAUGACCUGGAUGUGAUUCAGAACCUGGGUAUGGAAAGCCCUGUGGCCCCAGGGGUGUUGGGCAUGGCCCAUAGCAACCAGCACCUGGCCCCUACCCCUGACCUCUGUCCCACAUGCCACCUGCCGUAUGACGCUUCGAGGAAACGACGCCUCAUCGACGCAUGCGGACAUGAGCGCUGCUGGUCUUGCAUGUUCAGCAAGGAGGAGUGUCCGCUCUGUAAUAGUGGCGUUUUGUUCCGCCACUACAGUCAAACCAAUCUGGACUAUAGGCCCAAACUAAAGACGAACGGACACUUCACAACGUACAUGCAGACUAGACCCGACAAGGACAUGUCACACUACCAAACACCACAACCACAAAGACCUGAGUCAGCUACAGGUCUAAGAACAAGUAGUCAGUCACAGGCAGGCUAUUCCGGUCGUCAGAAAAUUAUGACAUCGACAACCCCACCUCCUUAUCUACCUCCGUCAGCAAAGAGCUCUCCACAACAACAACAACAACAGCUGCAGAGUAACCUUGGCAGACCUACUGGUCCUCAUCAUCCCCACUAUCAGCAUCAUUUUCAUCCUCACCUUCAGCAUCAGCAGCAACAACAACCGUAUGCUGGGGACAGUGACUCGGCGCUGGGUUCCCCAGAUGGUGACAUCAGAGCCAGUGGCGGGGCAGCAACUUAUGCCCUUGACCUGGUAGACAACAGAUAUUCACCAGCACGUCAGCUAGACAAGCACAGUCCCUCACCGCCGCCCCCUGAUGUUGCCCAACACGACCUCAUGGCCAGGCUAGGUGACCUCUUGGAUGUCCGAUCAGCCAAUCAGCUGCAAGAGCAGGGGUCACAUGGUUAUACUCUGACCAAUCAGAGAGAAGACUUCUACGCGCCUGGAUCUGAUGGCACCCCAGACAGAGGAUUUGCAGACGCCAGCCCCCUCUCUACGUUGACAGCCUCCUCAGGCAGCGACCGUGGACAGAACACCCUGCAGACCCCUUAUGCGGCCCCUUUUCACAGUCGAGGGCCCAGCGCGGACAGCAUCGCCUCCAUGGGAUCCCUAACAACCGGCCACAAUGUCAGUCCCCAUGUUACCUUCAAUAACAGGCCACAUUCUAUCACUACGUCUUCACCCGGGGCUAUUGAGGACCUCCAGAUUUUCAGGCGGGCAAAGCACCGAAGGUCGGCGCGCGCUACCAUUGGUUACCCGGAGGACUCUAAAUUGCGGAUCCAGCCUAUACGACCCCCUCAACUGAACCUGACCCCAAUCCCCUUUGAGGUGCCUCACCCAGAGGGUCAGGCCAUGUUUAUAGGGCGGGAGUGGGUCUUCAGAGACAUUGACCUGUCGUUGAAUGGUGACCAUGCAGUGACAGACCAGCCCUCAGGCGUUAUCAUCGUUGGUGGAAUGGGGACAGGAAAGACCGCCAUUGUCGAGCAGCUAGUGGCGCACAGCUGCUUUGGGGAGGGAAAUGCGGCACUUGUUUCUGCACCAAGUAGCCGCCAAGCGACAGAUCGACUCCACAAUGGCGUAAACUACAGCCCAAACUCAACGCUAAAUCAAAACAAGAACCUCAGCGGAUCCAACACUAGUCUCAACUACGACGCGCUUCGAACGCUCGGCUCGCAGGUUGUGGCAUAUCACUACUGCCAAUCGGACGUUAACACAACUUGCAUGGUGCCGGAAUUCGUUCACAGCCUCGCCGGAUAUCUAGCGAGCGCUCCAGCGCUGGUCUCGUAUCGGGAGAUCCUUUUACAGGAUCCACAGCUUCAACACACAUUAAGCGUAAAGGAGUGCCUUCAAAAUCCUUCAAACGCGUUCGUUAAAGGUGUUCUAGAGCCUUUGGAACAAAUCCGGCAGUCGGGUAAAGUUGAUGCCGACACGUGUUUAAUUGUGAUAGAUGGUUUGAAUGAGGCGGAGUUUCAUAAACCGGAUUACGGCGAAACGAUCGCCUCGUUUAUUGUGAAUCAUAUAAACAAGUUUCCGUCGUGGUUAAAACUGGUGCUUACGGUGCAUACAAGUAUGUUGGAAAUAACGAACUCGCUGCCGUUUCCUCGUAUUUAUAUCGAUAAGGGCGAGGGUAAUGAUAUGCUGGUGAGGGAUCUACAGGAAUACGUGAAUCACCGGGUGCAAUGCUCGGUGCAAAUCAAACGCAAUAUGGCCAUGAAAUCUCUCGAUGCGACCACCCAGGGCAAGCUUGCGGCGCAUUUACAGACGCUCAGUAACGGGUCUUUCCUUUUCUGCAAGCAGACCCUGGAUUUAGUCGAACAAGGGCACGUUGUGUUGAAGAGUUCCAAUUAUAAAAUUCUGCCAGUGACUUUAUCGGAAGUGUUCUUAUUACAAUUUAAUAUCAGAUUCCCGAGUGUUCGCUCUUUUGAGAAAGUGUCGCCAAUUCUCGGGAUCGUGUUGGCGUCACUUUAUCCUCUUAACGGUGAUGAGAUUUUCGAUGCCUUAAAUUCGGGAUUUACCGAUCGUUACGUUUCGAAGGAGGACUUUCAGCAAAGGUUGGGGCAAAUGUCCGGACUGUUAUAUCACAGAAAGGACAACAGAUUCGUGUUCUUUCAUCCGGCAUUUCGAGAAUGGCUCAUUCGAAGGGAUGAUCAUGACACCAACCAAAAGUUUCUCUGUGAUUUGAGACACGGCCACGCCCUGCUAGCGUUCCAUCUCUCCCGGUGCGUGGCGCCGCUCUCCCCAGAGCGCACAUUGGAGCUGGGCCACCACAUCCUGAAGGCCCACAUCUACAAGAACAUGAGCAAGCAGCGAGGCUACUCCUCCCGCGACAUGCAGGCUCUCUGGGUCGCGCUCAGCGCUGACAAUCUGAGCGCCUCCCUCGUGUGUGAGCGGAACCUGUUCUCGCCAAACGUGAAGGUCAGUCGUCUAGUCCUGCUCUCAGGCGCCAACCCAAACACGCGCACCUUACACGAAGAAAACUCCCCAGUGCUCUGUAUCGCCGCUAAGGAAGGCUUCUGUGACAUGGCCUCGCUUUUGCUCGAGUUCAACGCCAACGUGGAUGCUGUUUCGGACACUGGGAUGUCCGCGUUGUGCUACGCAGGGAGCGGGGGUCACACGGACAUCAUCAAGAUGCUGUAUCUGCGCGGGGCUAGGAUGAACCAUGUGGACAACAGUGGCCAGUGCGCGGCAGUACACGCCUCUGUAAAUGGUCACCUGGACACACUGGUCUACAUACUGCAAUGUGAUUGGCCUAUGGAAGGUCAGGUGACCCAGAUAGAGGCCAUGCAGCAGGCGCUGAUCGUGGGGGCUGCCAUGGGGCAUAAAGAUAUUUGUGAGUUCCUUCUACAUUGCAACAAGAACAGACGGGACGAUUUUGGUGUUGAUGCAGUAGAUACCCUUCUUGGUGAAACAGCCCUAACAGCAGCCUGCCUCAACGGUCGCAAGGAGAUCAUAACAUGGCUUCUGGACAGGGGAGCUAACCCAGAAGUGCCCAACCAGAAGUCGUUCUCUCCCCUGCUGUGUGCAGUGGAGGCGGGAAAGUGGGACAUUGUGGACCACCUGCUGUCACUGGGGUCGUCGAUCGAGCAGACAGACAAACAUGGCCGGACGCCGCUGAUGAUCGCGGCAUACAAGGGGCAUAUUGGGGUGCUGGAGAUGCUGUUAUCUAAAGGUGCCUCGAUCCACAAGACUGACAACGAGGGUCUCACGGCCCUGUGCUGGGGCUGCCUCAAGGGUCACCUGCACAUCAUCCAGUCCCUGCUGGACCGAGGUUCAAACCUCCACCACGCCGACAGGUGCGGACGCAGCCCUCUGCAGCUGGCAGCAUUCCACGGCGACGCACAAGUGGUACAGUACCUUAUAGACUGUGGAGCCCAGAUUGAGCACGCAGACCUGAACGGCAUGCGAGCGGUAGACCGCGCGAUAGAUCGAAGAAACACCUCGGUCGUAGUGUGCUUUCUCCGUAAGGGCGCCAAAUUAGGUCAGAUGACAUGGGCGGUGGCGGCGGGGAAACCAGACGUCAUGUUCCUACUGCUGAACAAGCUGAUGGAGGAUGGCAAUGUCUUAUACAGGAAAAAUCGUAUCAAGGAUGCAGCUCAGCGUUACCAGUACGCGCUGAAGAAGUUCCCAGAGGAUGCGACCACAGAGCGAGACAGCACAUUCAAGGAAAUCAAGCGCAACUUGAUGUUGAACCUGUCCAGGUGCAAACGCAAGAUGAAUGACUACAAUGGUGCUGUUGAACUUGCAACCAAGGUCCUUGAAAUGAAGCCAUCAUGCUUUGAAGCCUACUACGCGAGGGCAAGAGCAAAGAGAGACAAUAGGCAGUUCUUAUCCGCAAUAGACGAUCUGAAGGAAGCCCUAAAGCUUGCGCCAGCCAACGAGGAGCUCACAAAACUGUUGAUUCGUGUGCGUGAAGAAUAUGGCGCUCAGCACAAGCUUGAACCUGGAUCAAACAUUUCCGGUGACCCCAAUAGCCAUCUUGAACGCCGGUCUUCAAACGAGACUGCUUUGUGACUGGAAGACCGGCCACUACAGCGUUAUGAUAAGAUUUGAACACUGGCCAUUACAGCGUUAUGAUAAGAUUUGAACAUAGACUUUGAAGACAGGCCAUUACAACGUUAUUAUAAGAUUUGAACAAAGAUCUUGAAAACCAGCCAUUACAGCGUUACGAUAAGUUUUAACACAGACUUUGAAGACAGGCUAUUAUAAAGGUAUGAUAAGAUUUAAACACAGGCCUUCAUCUUGUUAUGACAGAUUGGACACAGAUUUAGCCUUUGCCACUAUGACACGAAAUGGCAUUACAAUAGACAUUUAACACAGGCGUUUAUUGGGCUUUGAUCUUUUUUGAACGAGUUUAUUCCUGGUAAAACAAGCUUUAUGAUAUGUAAAAUAAUAAUAAUAAAUGAUGAUAAAAAAAUGUGUUACUAUUACCGUAAAAUAGAAAUUACUACAAUUAAAAAAAAAAAAAAAGAGCUUCUAUAUUUUCAUAUUCACUUUCCAUUUUUCAAAAUAGGAAUUCCCAAGCUUUAUGAGGAACAAAAAACUUGACACAACUGGGCCUAUAUUCACUAUCAGAUUUAAAUCAAACCCGAUAAUGGUUUAAUAUGUUGAACAAACGGAAUUAUAUUUUAUUGUUGUAUACAACAAGCCUUGAAUAAUUAAAAGUAUGCAUGAAUCAAGUAAUGCAAACAGACCACCAAUUGACAGCAAACUGGUUUUAAAACUGUUUUGUCUUGACCAAUAGUGCUAUAACAUGUGUUUUUUUUACAUGGAAAUGGUUACUGUGUUGGUAUAAGAUACAGCUCGGACACUUGUCACAAACAAAAUCAUACAUUUAAUACAAAACAAUAUCUAUAAAUAUAGAUAGUAAACAACUUGAGGGCUUAUUAAUUCUUUUGCAUGCUGGAAAAUUUGUCGUCUGCUAAAAUGUCGUCUGCUGAAUUUCUAAAAUUAGCAUUUUCUUCGAUUUUUUUUUCAAAGAAUACUAUCAGAAUAGCAAACAGUUUGGAUCCUGAUGAGACGCCACGUUCUGUGGCAUCUCAUCUGGAUCCAAACUGUUUGCAAAGGCCUUUAAAAUUCGCUUCCAGCGCUGAAAGGGUUAAUGAUGGUAUCAAUUUAAUUUGUCUGAGCUAUAUAAUUAUUAUUUAUCAUCAUAUGUAUUUGCUUAUGCCUUAGUCAAUAAUUAUAUGAACUGUGCCUUUGUACAUUUGUUUUCAUAUUAAAAUCUAAUUACAUAUUUUUAUAUUCAUAAGAUGUACAACAUGUAUAUAUAGUCAAUCAUGUGUGAAAAUGGAUACUGUUUGUAAUUGCUUUAUAGCACAUAAUAAGCGCUUUUCGUUGUUUGUUAGAUAUUUCGCUAAUGCAGUAGAUGCAUUUGUUAUCCCUUCAAAUGAAUAAUAUUAUUUUCGAAGUGUGAGUAUAUUGUACAGAAAAGUUUUAGAGAUUGUUUGGUUGUUUUUAAAAGAAGUAUUUGAUUCAUAAAAAAUGAAUCAUGUGUUUUACCUUCUUUUGAUUUCGUAAUUGGUUUUAUCGUUAUAUUUACUUGUGAGCAAGCAUUUUAAGUGUUGCGACGUUGUUUCGAUGUUUGUGUACAAACUUCUUUGCAAAGUUUCGGUUGUGACAUUUAAAAGUUUAAUUAUUUAAAAAAAAUGAACGAAUAAAAAAGUUUCAAAAUA